UUUUUUCAUCGUGAGAUCUUCCUGAAGUCAAUCAGAAUGUGUAAUAAAUCCUUGACACCACGUGAGAAUACUUCAGGGAAGUAUAACCUACCUCAACAAUCGUAGAAGCAGAAUGGAACCUAGAGGGAAGAAAAGGGUCGAGGAUAGACACCUGAAAAAAUGAGCGAGGUGUGCCCCAACUGUGGAAAACAGACAUCAUCACCUCGAUGUCGAUUAAUAACAGACAGCUGUGGUCAUGAAAAGUGUCGAAUGUGUCUGUUGUACGAAGAAGAGGGCUGCAAAACCUGCAGUGAUUUCCAGAGAGUCCUCUCGACGUCUUCGUCAGGUGCAGACGUCCAGAAUCCCCAGGACACCCUUAAAAAUCCAAAUCACCCCUCCUCUCCAGUACCCCGACCUUCUGCACCUCCUGGUGGAGCCCCUACCCCCCCUCCAAAAGUGGAAAAAUCAAAACCUCCGGACAGAAACCACAUAAUAACCCUCCCCGGUCACCCAGAGCGCUACAAGUGCACGUUGUGCCUAAAAAUCUUCCGUAACAAAAAGGGCAAGUGCUACCACGACGUGUGUCGUACCGGAAUAUCCCCUUAUCACUGUCCCCUCUGUGAUAAGACAUUCGUCAAAAAAUCCCACUUUGAGUACCACGAGAGGGUGCACUCUGGCUACAAGCCAUUCUCCUGUGUCAUCUGCUCCAAGGCCUUUCCUCAGAAGAACAAGUUGAAUCGUCACAUGCAGUCGCACGAUCCCGAGAAAAAAUACCUCUGCUCCGUCUGCGGCAAGAGAUACAACAAGAAAGACGACCUGACGACCCACAGUACAGUGCAUUCAGGUGCUAAACCCCAUAUUUGUCCCACAUGUGGUAAAUCAUUCAGAAUUCGAACGAGUUUAAAUCGCCACCUGAGGAUUCACUCUUCAGAACGGCCUUUCACCUGCGACGAAUGUGGAAAAAGUUUCAAGGACAAAUCCUUGCUGGUGAGACACAAGAGAACACAUGGAAAGGAGAGACCGUACUCGUGUGCCCACUGCCCCAAAGUCUUCCUGUCCAAGAGCGAGCUGAGAAGACACUUAUCCAGUCACUCAGACGUCAAACCAUUUGCCUGUAAGUUCUGCCAGACUGUUUUCAGGAGGAAGGAUAAUUUAAUCCGACACAUUCGUCAUCAUCACAUGGAAGGGAGUGGAGCAGGGGAUGGGACGACUUCAGUGGCUCCUCUGAAUCACCAAAAUCCAACGGCUGGAAAUCCUCAUCCACAUUCCGUAAAUCCAUUGAAUCAACUGAAUCAAGAGAAGGGGGAUCCUGAGAAAAAAAACAAGUCUAAGGAUAAGAAUGUCAUCCUGAAGAAGGGAAACUCGACUAAAACGAAGAAAGGAAAAUCUGCAGACAGCCAGAUCGCUCCUCAGCACUCCACUAGCCAAAUAAAUUCCAGGCUAGACUCCAGAGGAGUCGCCAGUGUUAUUCGUGCCCCUGGAGAGCUCAGCAAUGCUGUACCUGUCAUCAAUGGCCCCAUUAGGAGACAAUCCGAACGACCAAACAAAACUGUUCUCACUUAUACUCAGCCCAUACCAAUUGCUGAGGCUGUUGUUAUCAAUCAGAGGAUCGAGGAGAAACUUUAUCUCCAGAACUCAGGAAACAACUGCUUCUACAGGGAACGAUCUGGUAGAGAGGGAAUUUCGGUGGCUAGUCUGCCACCUCUUGGUCAAAAUUCGGCGAUCAGGGCUCUGCCUGGGGCCCGGAGAAUGUCCGGGGACUCGAGUUUUUCACCUCCCAGGAGCGGAAGUCUCAUCGAGCUUAAGACACCCGCGGUCGGAGAGGACGAGGGUAAGGCGAAGUGUAUGAUUGGGGAAGACGAGGAUGUGGAUGUUGAGAUUUUGGACAUGGAGGCGAGCAAUUGGGCCUCGGCUAUUAAGAAGAAUCUCGGGUUCGAGGGAGCCAAGAAGAGCCCGGAGACACACUGGAGGAAGAGAACUGCUGGGAAUCAUAAGUCACAGCAUAAUUGACGAUUCCACAUUGUUUUAAGCUCUUCGAGCCUUUGAAGAUUUAUUUGUUCAAUUUUUUUUUUGCAAGAAUUCAAAUGACAAUGACGAAUGAAGUUCAAGAAUCGCUAGAGGAUCGAAGAUUUCUUCUUAAUUAUAUUUAAUUUUAAAUUGUGGAGUAAUACUAGUGGAUACUUGAAAUUGUGAUAUGAUAAAUUUUAUUAUUUUUGUAUUGUGUGAACUCGGUGACUAUUUGAAAUUGUAUAAAAUGUAAAUGAUAUUGGAAUUGUUAUGGAAUUAAAUGACAGGUAGGGAUCAAUUAUUUAUUAUCUUAGGAGGAUAUUGGAAUUGAUGAUCGGAUGGUAUUAACACCAUGUUUUUAAAAAAAUCAAAUACAUUCACGUGGUUUACUUAAAAUA